AUGUGCUUCGAUAUUGGUCAUCUAGUGGGCCGAGUUGCGAUGGAAACUUCGGAUCCAGUUCUCCGGCGGAUUCCGGCUUCGUUCAGAUCUGCAGCUGUACUGUUUGGCGGCGUCAUGUGCAUGAUCACGCUUGGGACCGUCUACACUUUCGGUAGGUCGGAAAAAUCUAAAGAAAAUUAUAGCCGAAAAAAAAGAAGUUUGUUCACAUGCUAAAUUUAGAACGGUAGAUAUAAAAUAAUCACUUUUCUGAAGUUUUUUUUUCACUUUUUCUAUCAUAGGUUCGAAAAAAAUUAUUGGAAAUGUGUUGGAAUCUCGGAUAUCAACAUUUUGAAGCCCAUUAAAUAAUCUAAAAACAUAAAAUUCCAUAAAUAUUUUCCAGGAAACAUGCUGCCCUACAUGGUAUCGUAUUUCCGAUGGAAAAUCAACCCGUCGAUGACGUCUGGGUCUCUCAUUUGGCUCCAAACACUCAUGAGUCAGUUUUAUAAACAAUGGAUAGAGAAGACUAUCCGAUAGAAAAAAAAUGGAAUGAAAAAUGAAAAAAUUUUGAAAAUUUGUGAUAAAGAUAACCAUAAAAAAAUAGGCUAUAAUCGGGCUUUAUUUCGUAAAAACUAGAAAGUCGUGCAUGUUGAAACUUUCAUAAUCUUUUCCUGAUAUGUCAAGGAGUUUUCUGGCAGAAUUUCAACCAAAAAUAGAAUGACGUUCCUUAUGAAACUUUCAGGCGGUUUCCCAAUGGGAAUGGUCGUCGGCGGCGUUUUGGAACGGUCCUUAGGGGGAAGAAAAGCCGCGGCGAUUGGCACUUUCCUGUACACGUUUGUUGAUCAUGAUUUUUCAUAACUGUUUUGAGGAAUUCACUAUUUCUUCCCAAUAAGUCGGAACACACUGAAGAAUAUAUUACCCAUGAUUUUUUAAAAUUUCACUUGAGGCUUUGAUUGAAAAAACCUGCUUCUUUUGAACCUUUUUUUUUUAGUUAACUAAGCCUGUUUGAGUCCAAAAAAUGGAAAAAAAACGCCUAGUUUUGCUGAGAAGCAGGCAUUUUAGAGCAGAUACUUGACGAAAAUUUUGUAGAAUUCACUCCAAAUUUCAAAUUUUCUAGAACAGGAAUCGCCGCUACCUACUUCACGAUCCAGCAUUCCUACGCGGCGACUCUUUUUUCGAUGGGAGUCGUGGCUUCGAUGGGCAGCAGCAUCGCCUACAAUUCCAUCCUGCCCACUGCUCAACGAGUAACUAUUUCAAUAGUCAAUCCUUGCAGACUUGAAAGACGAAAUUGGUAAUAUGACAAGGGUGACGCGUUGCGUAUGCGACGCGGCUUUUCGGCGGGAAACUCAUGGUUUUGCUUUUUUUAUUUUUUUGAUAGUUUUCUGAUGAUUUCUGGCUUAGGCUUACAAAAAAAUUUUGUGGCAACUAGUUAAACGAUAGAUUUACAAAAAAAUAACAAAAAAAUAAAUUUUUUUCCAAAUGUUUACAUUUUUGCGUUGACGAUGAGGUUACCCCCCAAAAGCCGCGACGCGUACGCAACGCGUCAACCUUGCAACUUUCACGCCUGUUCGAGGCGGUCGGCAGUAUUGUGGUAGUUCAGAAAUGUUCUCGGUAAAAAAUGUAUACCUAUCGAAACGUGACUACAUUUCUUUUCUUGAAAGACUCUGAACAAACUGGAAAAAACUUUUUUUUCACCGGCCGUCUUAGCACUGCCCUGAACAUGCAUUAUCUGCCAAUAACGCUUUUCAAACCAGCAAAAAUGGACUGAAGCCCGAGCUAUACUGACGUGAACUUUCAGUGGCUGCCUGACAACGUCGGAAUGGCCGGAGGGAUCAUAAUCGGAGGCUACGGAUGUGGAGCGUUCAUCCUGUCGCCCAUGCAAACCACCUUCAUCAAUCCUCUCGAUUAUCAAGUUAACAAAGAUGGGUUCUUCACCCAGGAAGACCUUUUGGAGAGGGUUCGUUUUUCUUUUCUUUUCUCUUUUUGCAAAAAAAAAACCUUCAAUUUUCAUAUUUGCUGUAUUUGUCAAUUUUUUUACUUCGCUUUGAUCUCAAAAACCUCUUAUUCUUAGGUUCCGGCAGUUUUCCUCGUCAUGGCUUCCUUUUUCUUUUGCUGCCAAAUUAUCGGUCUCAUCUUGAUUGGCCAGCCUAGAGAGGUAGGAAACUAUCCCCUUAAUAAAAUUUCUGAAAUUUGAGGACAUCGAGAUUGAAAAUGACAGUCUUAUCGGCACAGAGGAGCAAGCUCAAGUGGAAAAACUGAGAAUUUCUCAGCAACUCAGGUAUUUUUCGGUCUCUUCUCAAAAAUUCACCUUUUUUAGAACCUCAACUUUCGCUGUGCUUUUCCUGUCUUUGACUUGCAAUGCUCUAUGGGUUCAACUGACAAGUGGAUUAUACAAGGUGACAAAAACUAAAUUCACUUUUUGUAAUUGAAACUCUUCAGACUUUCGGUCAACAAUUCAUUUCGAGUGAUUUCUUCUUGUCCAUGAUUGGCUCGAUGUCUUCCAUUUUCAACGCGGGAAGUCGUGUCGCCUGGGGCGCCUUUGCAGACUUUGUUCGUUUUUUUCCAAUCUCAAAAAAUCCUGAUCUAACUUUAGAAUUUGAUUAUUUAAUGAAAAAGAUGAAAAGCAAAAAAAGCAAAAAGAUUUCUCUCCGGCCGGGAAUUGAACCCGGGUCUCGCCUGCGACAGACGCGGAUACUCACCACUAUACUACCGAAGACACGGAGGUGGCAGCAGCCGCCGCGAGGCAUAAUCCUUGGCACCCCAUCUCAUAUGAUAAGGAUAUACGAUAAAAUUUUUUUUUUCUUGCUUCUCUAAAUUCCUUUCAAAAACCUGCAAAUUUUCAGUCAUCCUACCAAUUCUCGAUGGUUAUUGUCUGUACGGUCGGAGCGACGCUUUCCUGGAUUCUUCCCACGAUCAAAUUCAUUUCCAACGAUUUAUUAUUCUUGGUUUCCGUACGUUUUAUUAAAAAAUAAAGGUGAACGUAAUGAAUUACAGGUCUGCUUAAUGUUUUCCUGUGUCGGUGGAACAUUUUCUCUCUUUCCAUACGUCACUCAUAAACUGUUCGGGAAGACCAACUUUUCGGUCAUCUACGGCUUUUUGCAGUGCUCACUGGUACGGUUGAACUUUUUUUUCAAUUAAAAAUUGUGUCAGGAAGGGAGUGAAGCUAUUUUUCAGUAUAAAUCCAGAGGCAAACUUCGUGUUUAACGCCAAAAAAUGAAGCAAUUUUUUGUUUUCUCUGUCGCGCGUUUCAGAACCGGAAGAAUGGAAAGAUAAUCCAGUUCCAUUUCAUGGAACCACGUGAAAAAGUAAAUUCAACAAGAAUAUUUCUGAAAAUUUAAUGUUCUUGAUUAAAAAUAUGCAUUUCAGUCGGUCGCAGGCGUUUUCGCUGGAUUCCUCUCACAAUUUCUACUUCCCGUCGUCGGAUUCGAAACUUUUUUCCUUAUUAUCGGCAGCUUUAUGGCCAUUUCUCUCGUUUUGACAGUCAUUUUACAAUUUACCGACUUGGCAAGGAUCCAGAGGGACCGAAGCAGUACCACUCAUACCAUAGAAGAAUUUGAACCUUAAAAUGUGCUCAAAACUCCGUUGAUCUCUCGAUCUCAAAAGAAAUAGUCACCUCAUUGUUGCUGGUUUUUUGUUGUGAUGAAGUUUUUUUUAUUCUGUUUGUGCAAAAAAAAAAAUAAAGCCUAGGAAAUUCUAUAGCUUUAGGCUUUCUGCCGAAAAAAUGAAACAAAACCGAAGAAGCAAAAAUAUUUCUCUCCGGCCGGGAAUUGAACCCGGGUCUCGCAUGUGACAGACGCGGAUACUCACCACUAUACUACCGAAGAUUCCGGCGGCAAGAGCCUUCGGCGUGCUCUAUAAUCUUUCGAAGCGUUUACACUGAAGUUGGCAUGUCGAUGAUAAAGAUAUACGUGUACUUUUUAAAAAGCAAAAAUAAGCGUGUAACUGUGAGAAUCGACCUUUAAGAAAAGGUAUUUCGAACAAAUUAAGGGAAAUGUGGAUGUUGAUCGUCAUUCAUGUUGCUUUUCCCUUUCUACUAACUCAUUAUUUGAUAUGUUGCUCCAAAAAAAGCAAGAAGGCAAGUUUCUUGUCUUAAAGUUUGGAAUCUUAACAAAAUAAUUUAUUCAAUUCAAAAAAGAAAGAUCAAAAGCUGUGAUGAAUGUCUCCAAGACUUUCUGGAAGGUUUACAGAAAAUUUUCGCAGUUUUAAAUUUCUAGAAGUUGUGUAGUCGUUCACCGUCGGUUUCAGGCUUCAUUUUCAUAGGUGAUCUGAAAAGAUAAGAAGAAAAAAAAAACUAAAAAAAAGGUUCAAAUGCCCCAAUAGAGAUUUUCAUCCCAAGCUAGCGGUAAAUGAAGUAGAAUAUGUAGACUCGAAUGGAUUUUUGCCUUAUGACUCCGGCACAGGAACUUCCGGAUGUGCCGUCGUCGAAACAUUUGAAACAGCCGCCGUCGCCGGACGCGAAACCGUCGCCGCGGAAGGACGUACCACCAACUCCCGUUUUUGUCCCGCAGAAAGAUCUCCCCAUCCCUUCUUUAGCCUCUGUACCGUCUACUGGCUCUGUCGGUUCUGUCCCUCCUACCUUGCCGGCAGUUUCCAAGGUCUCACUUCAAUGAGGGGUCUUUUCCAGUCAUUUUUCCAGCAAUCAGCAGAAUCUGUGGCGAAAAUGCCAAAGACGGUGAAGUCGGCGGAACAAGUGAAUCAGUUGAAGUCGAGGUCUGGAAGGAAACAGAGUCGAAGUACGGGGCCUGGAAAAGACCAGCCGUUCGCCUGGGAUAUCAAUGUGCCGGCUCCAGAGGAGGCGCAAGGGGUCAGAAUUUCAGUGUUUUAGAAGAAAAAAAAAAGGAUUUUCAGACCGACUUGGGUUCCGACGACGACGGCGACAAUCCGCUGGCCAACGAGAACCUGCAGAAGAAACUUUUAACAGGUUGGAAAAUGGAGAACUUGAGAAAAUCAUCAUCCUUUUACCACACAACGUCUUGAAACCUUUUGUUUGAACGGGGAACUGUUGAGAGACGUAGCAGUUUUUGCUAGGCGCAUCCGACUUGAAACUGUUUUCGCGCGAAGGCAUCAAGCCCAACAUAAUGUCAUUUCCGGCUCGAACCAGAUUUUAACCGCGAGGCUUUCGGCCAUUCUACGUGCGACCAUAGUUUUUUCGAAGGCAUAUUGUAACCGCUAACAAAUAGUUGUAAGAAAGGCCCUUUCCUUCAAAAGUUUUUUUAGGUAUUCAUUUUUCUGAAACAGAAAAGUCUUUUCCAGAUAUGGCUUGCGGUACCCUCGCAAAUAAGAUCAGGGCGAAGCCAUCAACAACCGGGGAUAAAAAGGUACCAAAUUAUCGGAAAACUACAGGAUUUCCUCAUUUAUAGGAGGAUGAGAAGGCCAAAAAGUGCAAUCCGUCAUUAUAUCUGUGCUAAAAAACGGCAGCCUUUCCACUACGUGAAAAUAAUAUUCAUUUCAUUUUUUGGGUGUAAUAGUUUCAAGUUGAUGAAAAAGAUGAUGGGGUAAGCUUGAAAGGGGGUGGAUUUACGCUGAUUUUUCGUUCACAGGCUCUUUGAAAUUCGAGAAACUUAUUCGAGACACGUUUCAAAUCCUGAUUUCGUGAAAAAUAAUCAAUGAAGAAGAAAUUUUUUUUGAAUCUCUCGAAAAUCUUAAGCGGAAGCGAAGCCUGAGAAGUGGAGGCAUUGGAUAUGAAAAAUUCAAAAAAUUUAGAAAAAAACCGACAAGAAAAAAAUAUGUAUAUCUUAGAAGUGGUGUUAUAGAAGAAAUUUACCAAUGAAAAGUUUUUUUAUCUUAUAUUGGAGAAAUGAAGUUUCUUUCGUAAUCAGUAGUUCAUGAAUGAGGAAAUCCCGUAGUUUUUCCCAUUAGAAUAAUUUCAAUUCAGUGAAAAUAAUUUCUAGCAACCAAAAAGCGAAGAACAGCCGACGACGCCCGGAAAACCCAAGCCACGGGGAAAUUCGGCCUUACUUCCCCCUACAAAUACCUCAUGA